CCUUCUCACUUGGCUGGAAGCGGCCUCUGCAGGAGGGAGCUGGGGAGUCCUCGAAGGGGGCGCCUCUCGCCUCCUUCCGUGCGGGGCGGUUCCGCCCUGAUCCCUUGGAGGGCUUUGUUCUUUUGUUCCGGUCUGGGAGGAAGGACUGGAACGGGCCCCGCCCUGCUUGCCCACCUUCCAGCUUUUCCACCCCGCAACAGGGCCGCCAACCGAAGCGUGCGUAAGGGCUCAUCUGAGCCCCAGACCGAGGCCCCAGCUGGAAGGACGCUGCUUCGGAAACCCUGGGCUCCAGGUUCCAGAGGAACGGAAUGCGCUCCUGAGAUGGAAGAUCUGUCCUCUUCGGAGUCUGCCCUUCUCCAAGGGGAACAUACUCUGCUCGCAUCAGCCAGUUUUCAAGAAUCCGUGACCUUCAAGGAUGUGAUAGUGGACUUUACCCAGGAAGAAUGGAAACAGCUAGAUCCUGUCCAGAGAGAUUUGUUCAGGGAUGUGACACUGGAAAAUUAUACACACCUGGUCUCCAUAGGACUCCAAGUUUCCAAACCUGAUGUGAUUUCCCAGUUAGAGCAAGGGACGGAGCCAUGGAUCGUGGAGCCUGGCAUCCCAGUAGGUUCUUUGGGAGACUGCGAGACAAGACCAGAAAAUAGCAGUUCAGUCCGAGUGCUGAACAUCUCUGGGGAGCAGCCAAGUCAAGAGGCAGUAGUGGAAAGACACAGAAGGGAUGAUCCUUGUAGUUCUAACUCUUUAGAAAGCUGGGGGUGUGGAAGCAGUGUGGAGAAGCAUCAGGCAAACCACCAGACACGGGCAAGAGAAAUAAAAAUCACUGAAAAGACAGUACCCACCUGGGAGAGAGGCCCUGUAACUAAGGACUCUGAAAAACGCAUCAGUGUGAGUUCAAACCUUGCAACACAAGAAAAAUCUCCAGAAGAGACCUCUACUAAAACAAGCGCCAAACAGAAUACAAACCCAGUUAAAAAAGAGAAAUCUUGUAAGUGCAACGAAUGUGGGAAAGCUUUUAGUUAUUGUUCAGCUCUCAUUCGCCAUCAGAGAACACAUACUGGAGAAAAGCCCUACAAAUGUAAUGAAUGUGAAAAAGCCUUCAGCCGGAGUGAAAACCUUAUAAACCAUCAAAGAAUUCAUACUGGAGAUAAACCGUAUAAAUGCGAUCAGUGUGGAAAAGGCUUCAUUGAGGGUCCAUCUCUUACUCAACAUCAAAGAAUUCACACUGGAGAAAAACCCUAUAAAUGUGAUGAAUGUGGGAAAGCCUUUAGUCAGAGGACCCAUCUUGUUCAGCAUCAGAGAAUUCAUACUGGCGAGAAACCAUAUACUUGCAAUGAGUGCGGAAAAGCCUUUAGCCAGAGAGGCCACUUUAUGGAACAUCAGAAAAUUCAUACAGGAGAAAAACCUUUUAAAUGUGAUGAAUGUGAUAAAACCUUUACCAGGAGCACACACCUCACUCAGCAUCAAAAAAUUCAUACCGGCGAGAAAACCUAUAAAUGUAAUGAAUGUGGGAAGGCCUUCAACGGGCCCUCGACGUUUAUCCGCCAUCACAUGAUCCACACUGGGGAGAAGCCGUAUGAGUGCAAUGAGUGUGGGAAAGCCUUCAGUCAGCACUCGAACCUCACUCAGCAUCAGAAAACACACACGGGGGAGAAACCGUACGACUGUGCCGAGUGCGGGAAAUCCUUCAGUUACUGGUCAUCCCUCGCUCAGCACCUGAAAAUCCACACUGGAGAGAAACCGUACAAAUGCACCGAGUGUGGCAAGGCCUUCAGUUACUGUUCCUCCCUGACUCAGCACCGGAGAAUCCACACCAGAGAGAAGCCUUUCGAGUGCACCGAGUGCGGGAAGGCUUUCAGUUACCUCUCCAACCUCAAUCAGCAUCAGAAGACGCACACCCAGGAGAAAGCGUACGAGUGUAAGGAGUGUGGAAAAGCCUUUAUUCGGAGUUCAUCUCUGGCCAAACACGAGAGGAUCCAUACCGGCGAGAAGCCCUACCAGUGUCACGAGUGCGGGAAAACCUUCAGUUACGGCUCAUCCCUCAUUCAGCACAGGAAAAUACACACUGGGGAGAGACCAUACAAGUGUAACGAAUGUGGGAGAGCCUUCAACCAGAACAUCCACCUCACACAGCAUAAGAGAAUUCACACAGGCGCAAAGCCUUACGAGUGUGCCGAGUGCGGCAAAGCCUUCCGGCACUGUUCCUCUCUUGCUCAGCAUCAGAAGACUCACACCGAAGAGAAACCCUACCAGUGUAACAGAUGUGAGAAGGCUUUCAGCCAGAACUCUCACCUGACUCAGCACCAGCGCAUCCACAGCGGAGAGAAGCCGUACAAGUGCACCGAGUGUGACAAGGCCUUCAACCACACUGCUCUUGUUCAGUACGAAAGGACUCAUACUGGAGAGCGACCCUAUAAAUGUAAUGUAUGUGGAAGGGGAUUUAACCAGAGUUCCCACCUAACAAACCAUCAGAAGACUCAUACAGGAGAAAGGCCCUACAAAUGCAAUGAAUGUGGGAAGUCCUUCAGUUAUUGCUCAGUCCUUACUCAACAUCAGAGAAUUCAUAGUGGGGAGAGACCGUAUGAAUGUACCGAAUGUGGCAAGACAUUCAGUCGUAGCACAUACCUUACUCAGCAUCAAAGAAUUCACACAGGUGAGAAGCCCUAUAAGUGUCUGGAAUGUGGAAAGGCUUUUAGCCAGAGCACGCAUCUUACUCUACAUCAGAGAAUUCAUACUGGAGAGAAGCCUUAUGAAUGCAACGAAUGUGGUAAAACCUUCAGUCAGAGUGCACAUCGUACUCAACAUCAGAGAAUUCAUACGGGAGAAAAGCCCUAUGAAUGUAAUGACUGUGGAAAAGCUUUCAGUGAUCACUCAGCUCUUAUUCGACAUCAUAUCGUCCACACUGGGGAGAAACCUUAUGAAUGUAAUAACUGUGGGAAAGCUUUCAGUUACUGUUCAGACCUCAUUCAACAUCAGAGAGCACAUACUGGAGAGAAACCAUACAAAUGCAGUGAAUGUGGGAAUGCCUUUAGUGAUCGUUCAGCCCUUAUUCACCAUCAGAGAAUUCACACUGGAGAGAAGCCCUAUGAGUGUAAUGGAUGUGGGAAGGCCUUUGGUAACUACUCAGCUCUUAUUCGACAUCAGAGAACUCAUACUGGAGAGAAGCCCUAUGAAUGUAAGGAAUGUGGAAAAACCUUUAGCAGAAGGACAUACCUUGCUCAACAUCAGAGAAGUCAUACAGGUGAUAAACCAUAUAAAUGUAAUGAAUGUGAGAAAACUUUCACCCAGAGUUCAUUCCUUACACAACACAUGAGGGUUCAUACCGGAGAAAAACCGUACAAAUGUAAUGAAUGUGGGAAAGCUUUCAGCGAUCGCUCAGGGCAUAUUCAGCAUCAGAGAACUCACACUGGAGAGAAGCCCUAUGAAUGUAAUGAUUGUGGGAAAGCUUCCGAUUUCUGUUCAGCUCUUAUUCAACAUAAGAGAAUUCAUACUGGAGAGAAGCCCUAUAAAUGCAAUGACUGCAGAAAAGUCUUUAGUGAUAGGUCAGCACUUAUUCAACAUCAGAGAACUCACACUGGAGUGAAGCCCUAUAAAUGUAACGUAUGUGGAAAAGCCUUCAGUCAGAGUACAAGCCUUAGAAAUCACCAGAAAACUCAUUCUAGUGAAAAAUCCUGUAAAUGCAGUGAACGUGGAAAAGCCUUUAGUUACUGCUCAGGCCUUAUUCAACAUCAAAUCAUUCAUACUGGAGAGAAACUUUAUGAGUGGAGUAAAUGUAGCAGAGCCUUUAGCCAGAGGACAGAUCUUAAAAAACAUCAGAAAACUCAUACUGAGGGAAACUCUACAAAUGUAAUGAAUGUGGAAAAGCCUUCAGCCAGCGCACAUAUCUUACAAAACACCAGAAAAUUCAUAGUGGGGAGAAACCAAAUAUACAUACUGAGUGUAGGAAAACAUUUAGACAAAACUCUUCUAUUCGACAUGAAAAAUCUCGCACUGGAGAGAAGUCCUCUGAAUGCCUUGAGAGUCUGGCUACUGUGGAGACCCUUCUCAGGGAAACAGAAGGAGGGUCAUGAAAACUGUUAAUUAGAGUGGCCACAU